AGUGUGCCCUCUACUGGAGAUCCCGCGUCCACUUGUUAGAUAAAUUGAUUAAAUGUUUCAGGUUUCAUAGCCUAGAUGGAUGGAUCGAUUAACAUAUAUUUCUCUCUGAUAGCAUGUUUUUUUGCUUGUUUGUUUCACUGCUUGAUUGUUAACUACGCUAUUCAACACGCUAUACAUUUAGUCAUAUUUCCUGCUGUUUGGCAUCAUCAGGGUUAUCGGUUAUCAUCUAAGUGGUCCUAAUGUCAACUCUUUAAAUGCCUUUGAUAUCUGUUUUGGUGCAUAUAAAUCGUACGUCUUUCAUGCCACAGGCAUUAUCGAUUAGUGUUAAUGAUGUAUCCGUUCUAAACAAAACCAGAACAAUCCAGUUACCUGUAUUGAUUAAACUGUGUACUAUGCAGACUUCAACCGCGUGUCAUUCUAAAAUGCGCCCUGUGCUCGAUUGAUUGGGUCUGUAUAACACCGGCUGCCUGGGAGACUCAAAGUAAACUCGUGGCUUGGGUGACAGCAUACGUUCAUCAUAACCAGGCUAUAAUACAUAGCUCUUGAAGUGAAAGUAUACAUUUGUUCAGCGAUGUCUAACGAUGCAGCAAAACUCUCCAAUAACCUCUUACGCAUGAAGUUCAUGCAGAGAGGCCUUGACGCAGAAACUAAGAAACAGCUGGAAGAGGACGAGAAAAGAAUCAUAAGCGAUGAGCACUGGUAUCUUGACUUGCCAGAGCUCAAGGCUAAGGAGAACCAAAUCAUCGAAGAAAGGAGUUUUGUGCCGUGUGAGGACCUCAAGUAUGGCCGUAUAUCAUUCAAAGGUUUUAAUCCUGAAGUGGAGAAGCUCAUGCUGUUGAUGAAUGUCCAGGAGGAAACCGAAGAGGAGGAUGUGGAGGACUUAAGCAGAAUGAUAACGGAUGUCACUGAUGAAGAAAUGGCCAUAAGGUACGAGAGUCUCGUAGACAGUAUGAAGAAAAAGUUUGCCAAGAAGAGGGACAGAUCUGCUAUCGAAAAGGACGUCGUCCAAACUGUUACAGAACCUACCAAGAAGAUAUUUUUAAAACCUCAAGAUUAGCCCAUUAUCACUCUGGACUAAACAGCUGUGUAUUACUAUAUUAAUGUGUUCUCUUUUCCUAGUCAGUACUUUAGUCAGUACUUUUUAUAAGGAAUAUCCUCGGAUAUAACAUUAUUUUAAGAUGUUUGGAUGUUAUACAUCCUUUUUUCUAAAUGUAUAUAUUUUUAGGUUAAUGGAUAUGCAAUGUGAUGCAUUCUUCUGUAAUAGAUUUUUUACACUCGCAUUACAUUUGGAAACGAGUCCAUUAAACUAUUGACUUAAUGUUCAA